AUGGCGGCUUUUCCUCCAACUGCAAAAGGAUAUCGUCCAAGAUGUUAUUUUGACGUGGAAAUCAAUGGCGUAUCUGCUGGGAGGAUUGUGAUGGAGUUAUUCGCAGAUAUUUGUCCAGAUACAUGUGAAAAUUUUCGAGCAUUGUGCACAGGAGAGAAAGGCGUCAGUAAACUGUCAGGCAAGCAGUUACAUUAUAAAGGUGCUCCGUUUCACAGAAUUAUCAAGGAUUUCAUGAUCCAAGGAGGAGACUUCACUGCAGGAAAUGGUACAGGCGGUGAGUCUAUUUAUGGAAAAACAUUCAAAGAUGAAAAUCUACAAUUAAAACAUGAGCAACCGUUCAUCUUGUCCAUGGCUAACCGAGGUCCCAACACAAACGGCUCGCAGUUUUUUAUAACAACAGUCCCGUGUCCUCAUCUGGAUAAAAUCCACGUUGUUUUUGGUCAUGUUCUUCAAGGUCAAGAUAUUGUGAAAGAAAUAGAAAAUCAAAGAGUUGACUCAAAGAGCAAACCCAGCAGUGAUGUAAGAAUCGCUAAUUGUGGGGAAUUGAUACCGAAGAGUCGUUUAAAAGCAAAGAAACAGAAAGCAACUAAGGAGUCCGCGAGCUCUGAGUCCAGCAGUUCUGACUCUGACUCUUCAUCUGAGAAUGAUAAGAAAAAGAAAAAACAAGAGAAACGAAAGAAAAGGAAGGAACGAAAAAAAGAAAAGAUUAAUAAAGCAAAACUCAAGGCUAAGAAGAAGAAAAAGUUGAAAGAAAAGAGAAAAAAAAAUGAGGAAAUGAAAGAAGACAAGAAUGAUGAAGUGGAGAAUGAAGAAGACGAAACAAUUCCAAAAGUUCCGAGUAAUAAUUUCUUAAUGAGACGAAGUCGUACUCCAUCGCCAGUCAGAGAGAAACGUGAAAAAGCCAGUCGCUCUUCGCCCCCCGGCUACAAAGCACCAGACGACGAGAGAAAAACAGAAAAAGUUGAUCAAAAGAAAACCGAACGCGUUUCAAGGUCGGGACAUAUUUUAAAAGGGCGCGGCAGAAUGAUGUAUCGCACUCCGCCAAGAUCUCCAUCACCAAGUGAUCGCAGAACUUCACAUCGAAACAAUCAAAACCGCUCACCGCGCCGCAGGUCGUACAGAAGAUCAAGAACUCCAGAAUAUAGAAAACAAAAGCGAAGUAAUGAUAGGCGUAGAUCUCGUAGUCGAUCAAACAGCAAGAGUCCAUCAGACCGACGCAAGUAUAAAAGAUCAGAGGAGAGGACUCGGAGGGACAGAUCGUCACGUGAGCAGUCACAUGAGGAGACUGACGUUGCUGCUCCCAGUAAGUGGGAUGAUCCAGCCGAGGAACAAAAAGAUUCUUUUGGUAAACGUUACUGGAAGAACUCCUCAGAAAACACGAAAAAAUCUACAGAAUUAGCAGCAGCCAAUCGUUGGGAUGAUCGACUAUCUCCGCGUCGAUCAAGAAAUAUUGAUGAUAGUGAUCAUGAAGACGAAAAAGAUGCAAGAAAGCGUAGAAAAAGAAGAUCAAGUUCAUCAGAAGAUUCAGAUAAAAACAACAAAUAUAAACAUGUUACAAAAGAGACUGGUGCUGAGAGAAGAAAGUCAAGAUCCAGCAGUAAAGAUAGUGAUUCAAGAGAAAGACGAAGAGAACCGGAGAAAACCGAUCAUGGUAAUGAAAAAAGACACUGGUCGCUCAAAACAUUGGUUGCAUUAUCAUCUUAACUGUUAGUCCAUGCAGUCAUUCC